AUGCGUCUCCUACACUCCAAGACUCUGGACCUCCAUGAGUUCUUGGAUGAUUCUAUCCCGCCGUAUGCCGUCUUCUCACAUCGCUGGCAGGAGGGGGAGGUCCUUCUGCGCGACAUUGAAUCCGGGACUGCACGGGAAAAGAAAGGCUUCGGCAAAGUCGAGUCGUGCUGUGCCGAGGCGGCGUCGCGAGGCCUGGAAUAUGUCUGGAUCGACACCCUCUGUAUCGACAAGUCCAGCAGCGCCGAGUUGUCCGAGUCGUUAAACUCCAUGUACGAAUGGUACCACAAGUCCGCUGUCUGUCUGGCCUACCUGGUUGAUGUCACCCAGACAUCGGUCACUAGCGACGGCGAGUUCCAGCGCAGUGUCUGGUUUACCCGCGGCUGGACCCUACAGGAGCUCCUUGCGCCCGUCGCGGUAGAAUUCUUCAACACGGCGUGGCGACCGUUGGGAACCAAGGCAACGCUGAAGACUGAAAUCUCCGAAAUUACCGGAAUCCACGAGGACGUGUUGCUCGGCACCGUCCAGCCGCAGUCCUUCAGCGUGGCCCAGCGUAUGUCGUGGGCCGCGGGGCGGACGACAACCAAAGUGGAGGACAUCGCCUACAGCCUGAUUGGACUGUUUGAUGUGAAUAUGCCGAUGUUGUACGGCGAGGGUCCAAAGGCGUUUAUGCGACUCCAGGAGGAGAUCAUGAAGCAAUCGGACGAUCAGACGCUCUUCGCCUGGUCAAGCAAAGAUGAUAAUUACCGUGGCCUCCUGGCACGAUCGCCCGCCGACUUUGCGGGCAGUUCGCACUUCAUUGUAUCCACGGACAAAGUCAACGCGUCUCCGUACUCGAUGACCAACAUGGGCCUGUCCAUUGAGCUAUCCAUGGUCCAGUGGGGAAUGGAGGUCUACCUGGCGGCUCUCGACUGCCAGGACCAUACGCGCCAGCGCCUGGGGAUCUACCUCACACCUCUCCGGGAGCCAAAUCAGUAUGGCCGAGUCAUGCUCGACGAGAUCGACCUUCCUCGUUUCUCCUCUAACGGGUCCUCGAGACGGCGGCGGAUCUACGUGCGACAGAACAUGUCACGAGAGGGCAAACCCCCCUCGCGGCUGUACGGGUUCUGGCUGCGCCACAUCCCGCCGCCUGAAACGGGUCCCAAUGCACGCUGGGAAUUCACGGCGUGGAGUUCUUGGAACGACCGCGACCGGAUUGUUUCGCUACCGCCGGGCGCGUAUGGCACGGCGGCCGUCAUCCGCUAUAGACCCAAGGGGGGUAACGUGGUGAACCUGAAACUGGGAUUCGACGCCAAUUUCAACCCAGCCUGCCAGUAUGGCGGCCACAUUCUCGGCCCGCGAGCGCGGAAUGCCCGCGACCCCCGCGCGUUUGACACCGUGAUGUUAUCUGACUGGAUGGACCCGCCCGCUCUCGAAGGGGUUCAUGUGGGAGAUAGACUGCGUGGAGUCAAUGGGGAUGAUGGUUGGUAUCGGGUGGUCAUGUUGGAUGAGAUUGUGCAGGGAAAACGGAUGUGGGUGGUAUACAUUGCCUCUGUGGACGACGCGUAUUGGCAUCCGGGACGGCUCUGUGAUGGAUGCGGCCUGGAAAUCUUUGGCCCGCGAUAUAUCUGCAAGACGUGCGAGGGUUUCGAUUACUGCUCCAACUGCCACCAAGGCGCUGCUGAGACGCAUCCGUCGCAUAGCUUCAAGGAAAUCCGGCUCGGGCAGCACGACGGCGUUCGAUGCGAUUAUUGUGGGGAUGUGAGAUUCCAUCAAAAUCAUUGA